UAAAACAACCCAAAUCACAAAAGCAAGUUGCCUCCAUUUCGAGAACAAGCUUUUUCUUUCUUUCUUUCUUUGGGGCUUCUUUCUUUCCUGAAAGGCAGGCUGGCUUCCACCAUCAUCAUCAUCAGCCAACUGUGUUUUAAUCUUCAUCGCAAUCAAUCCAAAUUCUUCUAUCUGAGUUUCUCUCCCCAUUUCGCCUCUGAAUUCUUCACCAAUGUAACCGUUUUUCACUUCGUGUCAACAGGUCAUAAUUUAAUGCACAGAUAGUUGAUGAUUGAAGCUGUAAGCAACAUAUGCAGUAUAAUAGUUGAUGAUUGAAGCUGUAAGCCACAUAUGCAGUAUACAUUUUUGGACCGAAUGGUGAACAUGAUUGCUGUAACGAAGAUCAAGUAAAACAAGGGAUAAGUCUUUAUUAAGUCGUUAGAAGCUCGUCGACGACGAUGAAUUGGAUAAAAAAAUUGCAGGGUCUCACUCGGUUGUCUAAGGUCAACACAUCUAUAACCACAGGCAGUUUGCCGAAUAACUCUCUACUGAACAAACAACAAAAUGACCUUCUUCUUGCCGAAAGUCUAGUUUCUGAACGUAAAUUAUUGCAUUGGAGAUCAUAUGGACAACUCUACGGUUCUGGACCAAACUUGUCUAGGAAAUUUGAGCGUGCGAUACACACUGGUCCGGACUUGAGUAGAGAUUUUCUAGCGCAACUGUGGGUUGCAGAUGGUAAAAUUAAAAAGACCCGUGAGAAAAGAAGACAAAAAUCUGUUGGACAUGCAAUCAAACAUGAACAAGUUUUGGACAUGAAAGGUUUACAUGGCAGUUCUGUAACUAGUAAUGGAGAUUAUGAUUACCGACACGUUGCCCGAGAUUCUCGAGAGUACACAUCCCCAGAAGAGGCUUGGAUUGCGCCUCUUCUUUCAAGGUCUAAUUUACUUAUUACGAGGGACAUAGAAUGGGCCAACCUCACACUUGGUUUUGAACAAGAGAACAGAUAUGCAAUAGUUGAUGUCAGCAACCCGCAAGUGCCUGCAGGUUUUAUCCGUGAGCAGAGCAAUGUCAUUGCCAGACAAUUGCUUCGAACGAGGCGACCGUUUGUUGCUACGAUAACCGAUGCCUACGGUAACGAGCUGUUUAGGGUACGGAGGCCCUUUUGGUGGAUAACCAGCUCAAUUUAUGCAGAAGUAGGUGGAAAGGAAAUUGGUGUGGUUCAUAGAAGAUGGCAUCUCUGGAGGAGGAUUUAUGAUUUGUACUUGGGUAAUGAGCAGUUUGCAGUGGUUGAGAAUCCUGGGUUUUGGUAUUGGACAUUUACCUUGAAGGACAUCAAUGGUGAGGUGCUGGCCGAGAUUGAUCGCGACUGGCGCGGUUUUGGUUUUGAGGUGUUCACCGAUGCGGGUCAGUAUGUAAUCCGAUUCGGGAGCGCUGCUGCUGCUACUAAAGGCAUAUCAGAACUUUCUAAAAAGGUUCAAGAAUUUGAAGUGGCGCGUCCGCUGACAUUGUCGGAGAGAGCUGUAACCGUUGCACUUGCGAUAUCGUUGGAUAAUGAUUAUUUUUCCAGACAUGGAGGCUGGGGAAUUCCUUUCAUUGCAGUUGCGGAAUGAUGACGUUUGCUUCAAAUUUUUAGUCUGCUGAAGAUCUAUGGACAUUCGUAGUUUGUGUUACGGUUUUGUUGACAGAAGUUAUAUCUAUAUGUAGUAGUUACUUUGGAACAAAUUUCUACAAUGUGUCGAAUCAUCACCUUGGCGGAAAAUUUAAUAUACUCGAGAACACUUCAUAUCUCUUCAA